AUGCCCGCACAACCAACCUUCCGAGUCGCCUUGUACGGCGAUGCCAUCCUCACGAACCCAAAGUGGAACAAGGGCAGCGCGUUCACUACUGCUGAGCGCAAGGCCUUUGAUCUGACAGGCCGCCUGCCGUACCGCGUCAAUACGCUCGACGAGCAGUGCGACAGGGCGUAUGAUCAGCUGCAAUCGCGCGAGUCCCCGCUCAGGAAGAACUCCUUUCUCCAGAGUCUAAAGGAUCAGAAUUAUGUCUUGUACUACGCAUUGAUAUCGCGCCAUCUAGAGGAGCUGAUACCAAUCAUCUAUACUCCAACUGAGGCGGAAGCCAUCUCGAAUUACUCUCAUUUGUUCCGGAGGAGCGAAGGGCUAUACCUCACCUUUCCACACCAAGACUCAAUGGAAGAGGACUUCUUGGAGCAAAUCAAAGGGAGAGAUAUAGAUCUCGUUGUCUGCUCUGACGCCGAACAGAUCCUUGGCAUCGGUGAUCAGGGUGUUGGGGGUAUUGGUAUCGCGAGUGCCAAGGCUGUGAUAUACGCUCUAAUUGCUGGAGUCAACCCAUCAAGGACUCUCAGUAUUACACUUGACGUAGGAACAGACAACGAAGAGCUGCUCAACGACCGUUUGUUUGUACAGCUAGUACGGCAGUACUUGCCGCACAGCCUAUUGCAUUUCGAGGAUUUCGGCGUCAACAACGCAAAACGCCUCCUGGACCUGUACCAAGACAAGCAUGCAGUGUUCAACGACGAUGUACAAGGUACGGGCGCAGUGACGCUCGCCACCCUCAUGUCUGCCGUCGGCGUGACCAAGUCGAAGCUGUCCGACCAGCGCAUCGUCGUCUUCGGCGCAGGCACCGCCGGCCUCGGCAUCACGCGCCAGGUCCGCGACGCGAUGGUCACGCUCGACGGGCUCUCCCCCUCUGAGGCCAACAAGCGCUUCUACCUGCUCGACCGCUGCGGGCUCGUCAAGGCGUCGCUCGGGCGCGACCAGAUCCGCGCGGGGCUCGAGGACUUCGUGCGCCCGGACGCCGAGUGGGCGGACGCGCAGGCGAACGCGCGCGGCGAGGUCGGGCUGCUCGAGGUCGUGCGGCGGGUCCGGCCGACGGUGCUCGUCGGGUGCUCGACGGUCGCGGGCGCGUUCGGCGAGGACGUGGUAAGGGAGAUGGCGCGCGGCACGGCGCGCCCGAUCAUCCUCCCGCUGUCGAACCCGAGCAGGCUGCACGAGUGCACGCCGCAGGACGCGAACGACUGGACGGACGGGCGCGCGCUGCUCGCGACGGGGAGCCCGUUCCCGCCGUGCAAGAUGCCGAACGGGAAGGACUACAUCAUUGCAGAGUGCAAUAACGCGCUGAUCUACCCCGGGCUCGGCUUCGGCGCCAUCGUGAGCAGCUCGCGCGCGCUGACGGACACGAUGAUCAUCGCGGGCACGCAACGCCUCGCCUCGCUCGCGCCCGCGCUCAAGGACCCGGACGACGCGCUCCUGCCCGACUUUGGCAGCGCGCCGGCUGUGAACUUCGAGGUCGCGGUGGCGGUGGCAGAGCAGGCUAUCAAGGAAGGCACGGCGGGCGUCGAUUGGAAGGUGGAAGAAGUGCGCGAGAAGGUGAGAGACAGGCAAUGGCGGCCUAUAUACGGGGAGUAUGUGUAUGAUCCCCAAGGUGAACGUUGA